AUGCAGUUCAUUUAUCAUCGUGAUCGUGAUACAGAAGUUGAAAAUCUUUUUGUGCACGUGGAAUUAGAUCAUUAUCACAUUCCAAGAGCGCCUUCUAUUGUCGUUAUGGAAUUAAGCGUAGAGAAAGGACAGGAACAACAAAAAGAAACAUGUUCUUUUCCAUUCGAAUCUGACGAAUUUUCGAAUUAUAUAUGUGAAAAUCAAGACAUCUCUCUUUGUAAUUUUAAAGAUCAAUUACAUGACAAAGGAACAGAUAAAGAGGAGUCUAUUUCAACACCAACCAAUACAAUGGCAGAAUAUGAAAAAUCUCAAUUGAUGCUAAAUGUUCAAGAUGUUGAAAAUAUUUCAGCGGUCAUAUUGAAUAUUUUUGAUUCUUUGGGACGAGAUAGAGGAGGAGAAGAAGGAGGAACAGAAGAUAACCAAUCAUAA